AUGGGUUCCGCCGAAGUGGACGGAAAACCACUUGAUACGAGAGCAAUUCUAGCCAGAAUUCGUUGUCUUCAGGAAAGUAUAGAAUGUUUUCGAAUCUCGACAACGCUUCCCAAGUCACUGUGCUACGUCACAGGAGAAAUUGAAUACAAAAUCCACCCCACUUUUGCCGGACGGGCAAGCCCAAGAAGCCGGACGACCAACGGGGCUGGUAGCCGAAGAACACCGAGAACAACGCGCGUGAAGCUCGGUGUGUAUGCCGUGCCCAGCAAGGAUUGCCCGGCGGAGCAACAGUGUCAUGUCUACUGCGGUAAAGACACGAGAAUUGUCGCUAGUGGAGAAGAAAUGUGCAAUAGUUUUGGCAGCUGGAUAAGACUGACGACGAGUUGCUUGGAGAAACUGAAUGCAUUUUCGGGGAGUGAUAUACGUACCGGCUGGCUUCUCAUCUAUGAAAGCAAAGCUAACCAAGAUGAUCCGCCUCCCCUUGUUCCAAUCACUGAAGAAGAAAUGAGUGAACGGAGAGAAAUGCUGUUUGGAAAACAAGAGAAGGUUAUCACAAAUUGGCUAGCAGUAGUAGAGGAGACACACAUGUUAAAGUUGGGCUCGAUGAGGAAAAUCUCGCCCUCAGAUGACGCUGCGGUGAAAACCCUCCAAACUGUCCCUCAGAAUUGGAGUCUUGAAUGUGAUGAGGAGUUAGCGAGGUUUCUCUUUGAGAAGACGGACCAGGUCAAUGAACUUUUGGGAAGCAACAAGCAGUAUAUCAACUCUGUCGUGGUGUCGUCUACUGCUGCUGAUGAUGAAGAUGCAAACUGCUUGACUGACGGAGAUGAAAACACAUACUGGACCAGCGACGGAACUCAUGGACAACACUGGAUCAGAAUCAAUAUGAAGAAAGGAACUAUCAUCACUAAGUUGUCUGUCACUGUGGAUUCCCAGGAUGAUAAUUACAUGCCAGACCACAUCAUCGUCAUGGGAGGAACGAUAGACAACCUCAAGAAACUCAAAGAUAUCAAUGUUGACGUUGAGUUUUCUGGUGACAUUUGCCUGCUGGAACAAAUGAGUCAACACUAUCCAGUCAUUGAAAUCAGGAUUAAGUCUUGUCAUGAUGAUGGUAUUGACUGUAGAAUCCAUGCUAUUAAACUGGUUGCCAACAUGGAACGUCAUCUUGGGAUCAGUAAGGACGUCUUCUCUGAAACGGAGCUUGUCAGGUACCCAAGACUGGAGCUGGUAGAUAAGGAGCAUCUAUACCGUCGAGCCUUGGUCCUUCAGCGAUUUAUCACUCUCUUAGACGGAGUGAUCCAUUUCAUAGUUCCUGCUUGGGAGUAUACGCUGGGGUCGUUUUCAUCCCUGGAGGUCGUCCGACAGCUUCUGCCUCUCUCUAAGAAGAGGAACGCAAUCAUUCGACACUUUCUGAAGGCUUCUGAAACCAGUCAACCUCAGCAGAUUCCUAAGCUGUACAUCAACAGAAGGAGUGCGUCUGAACACCGAGGCAAUCCAUCUCAAGAUCCUUCCUGUAAGAAUGCUGUCUUCACGCAGAUCUACGAAGGUUUAAAACCUAAGGAUCGUAGCGAGAAGUCUCUGGACUUCAGAUGGCCUGAUAGCUACGAUCAAUGGUGGGAGUGCAAGUUCCUGUCUGAAGGCAUCAUUGAUCAAGGAGGAGGUUUCCGAGAUAGUUUGGCUGAUAUUGCUGAGGAACUCUGCCCAGUAGGAGGAGAGCAUCCAGUCCCUCUACCGUUCUUCAUUCGAACACUCAAUCAGCAAUUAGACAACUCUAAUGUUUAUCGAGAUAUGUACGUGCCAAACCCUUCCUGUAAGCUGUUUGCUAAGUAUGAAUGGAUAGGAAUGCUGAUGGGAGCUUGUCUACGUAGCAAGGAGCAUCUGGUGUUGGCUUUGCCCUCGUUUAUCUGGAAGAUACUUGCUGGAGAGAGAGUGACGUGGACCAGGGACUUUAAGACGGUUGAUGAAGCAGCUGUGAAGUUGUUGGAAUCGUUCCAAAAGAUGGACAAAGAGACAUUUGAGACAAAUUUUGCCAGUGAGAUGACCUUUACAACGGUGUUGAGUGACCAGUCAGAGGUCAUGUUGACCAGUCGAGGGUCGGAGGCCGCAGUUGCCUAUGAGGACAGAAUGGAAUGGUGUCGGCUUGUUCAGUCCGUCAGGAUGAAUGAAAACAAAGACCAGGUAGAUGCAAUGCGACGCGGACUUCUGCGCGUCGUCCCUCAAGCGGUCCUUGACCUUUUGACCUGGCAAGAGUUGGAGAAGAAAGUGUGCGGGGAUCCGGAGAUCAGUGUAGAAGCCCUCCGCAAGACAUCCUUCUUUGAAGAUCUUGAAAAGACGGAUACAAGGGUGAAAUACCUCUGGGAAGCGCUGACGAACUUCACCAAUGAGGAUCGAAGUCGUUUCUUGCGAUUUGUGACGGGGAGACGUCGUCUUCCAACGCCAUUGUACAUCUGUCCUGGGAGGAGCUACUCCAGCGACAAUGAUAUGACUGAUUCACUACCCGAAUCAUCCACAUGUUCCAACACGCUGUUCUUGCCAAACUACUCCAGUGCCAAAGUUGCAGAGGAGAAGUUGCGAUACGCAGCCUACAACUGUGUCGCUAUUGACACAGACAUGAGCCCCUGGGAUGAAUGAGCAAUCUACAUUUAUCGUAAGCUUUAAAAAAGUUCAUUCUAUAGACGAUGUGACCUAUGUUUACAUUCAAAACGGCCCUCUGUUGAAAAAUAACACUGUAUACGUCGUGUUUCGCCGGG